ACCAAUCAGAUUGGCGUACCGUGGGACGUGUAUUUCCUAUCCGUGGAGCAGACAACAGCUAAACAUCGGCUAAACUACUGUUGUGAAAUUAUUCUAAAUAGCACAUUCAGCAAUCAAAGAGUUACUUCAGAGGUCACCGCCAUGGGAGAACCACAGCAGGUGAGUGCCCUGCCCCCUCCACCGAUGCAGUACAUCAAGGAGUACACAGAUGACAACAUCCGCAAGGGUCUGGCCCCCAAGCCGCCUCCGCCCAUCAGAGACAGCUACAUGAUGUUUGGCAACCAGUUCCAGUGUGAUGACCUCAUCAUACGACCUCUGGAGAGCCAGGGCAUCGAGAGGCUCCACCCUAUGCAGUUUGACCACAAACGGGAGCUUAAGAAACUUAACAUGUCCAUUCUGGUGAAUUUCCUGGACCUGCUGGACAUCCUGAUCAGGAGCCCUGGCAGUAUAAAGCGUGAGGAGAAGCUAGAGGACCUAAAGCUACUGUUUGUUCACAUGCACCACUUAAUAAAUGAGUACAGGCCACACCAAGCCAGAGAGACCCUGAGGGUAAUGAUGGAGGUGCAGAAGAGACAGAGACUAGAGACUGCUGAGAGGUUCCAGAAACAUCUGGAGAGGGUGGUGGAGAUGAUCCAGAGUUGCCUUGCCUCUCUACCUGAUGACUUACCCCAAAUGGAAGGUCCCAAUGGACCCGGCGAUGGUUCGAGGAGCGCAUCUUCAGCAAGUAGCGUCGGAGGCUCCUCUGGGCUGGGCCCUAGAAUGAAAACAGAACCUAUGGAUGUGGAGGAGGCAGGGGGCAGCUGUAUGGCAGUGGGGCAGCAGGACAAGAGCAUGUCUGCCUCAAAAAGGGACAAAGUAUGGGACAAAGAUGCUGCUAUGUGCAGUAUUAUUGAUGAAAUUGCCUAAAUUUUCUAUUGAGUAGUUGCUUUCAUGGGCAUGUAUGCUGUAAGAUUUUUUUUCUUUGUAUAUUGUCAUUUGUCUAGUUAUGAUUAUCCUGUGUUUUGUUAAGCCAGAAAUCCCAUCUGGAUAAUGUUUAUUUAAAAACUGUCAAAUAAAUACGAUAUAACAACUCAA